AGCCAGGGAAGUAAGUCAAUGAAAAUGAGCCUGCCACCAGGGCAUGCACUCCCUCAGCGUGGAGAAUCCACCAGCAGCCAAGUGUGAUUCUUAUUGCAGGGUUGAGUCACCAGCCAGACUGGCUCGAGGUGAGCCAGGCACAUCCGCGUUAGGACUCAGGGACACGCCUUCUUCUCACACAGACCUUCCUGAUCCCAGCCGCCUAGGCGGACUCCAGCCAGGGUGGUGCUACCAGCCUUGCCACUUGCAGUCUUGACAGGCAGAGGUUGGGGACUGUCUGGCCUUGCAACGAUCGAUCAGCAGCCACAGGUUGCAGACGCAAGGAGCAGUGCCCAUGACCGCGACUCUGUGAGGCUGGCUGCCGGCGCGCGGUGGUUGCUGGCGGGUACCCGGAGCUCGGGAAGACCGGAGCGGGCCCCGAAACCUGACACCAGAGCCCUCGCUGCCCCCGCUCCGCGGGCUGACAAUGGGUUGUAAUAUGACCAUGGGUGAAGAAAGAACAGAGAUGGCGCUACUCUGAUGGACCAUUGAAGGCAACAGUAUAGAUUAGCACUGGAACAGUGCGCUCAGAUAAAAGAAGAUCCAUUCAGAGAGGAUUUAACAGCAGAGCUGAUGGGAAUUACUCCUAACCCAGGCCCUCCAAGACCAUCACUAUGACUGAUGGAGACUAUGAUUAUCUGAUUAAACUCCUGGCCCUUGGAGACUCAGGAGUCGGGAAGACAACAUUUCUCUAUAGAUACACAGACAAUAAAUUCAAUCCCAAAUUCAUCACCACAGUGGGAAUAGAUUUUCGGGAAAAACGUGUGGUUUAUGACACACAAGGAGCAGAUGGAGCGUCAGGAAAAGCGUUUAAGGUACAUCUGCAGCUUUGGGACACUGCUGGACAAGAGCGGUUCCGGAGCCUUACCACUGCCUUCUUCAGAGAUGCCAUGGGCUUCUUACUGAUGUUUGACCUCACCAGUCAACAGAGCUUCUUGAAUGUCAGAAACUGGAUGAGUCAACUGCAGGCAAAUGCUUACUGUGAAAACCCAGACAUAGUAUUAAUUGGCAACAAGGCAGACCUGCCAGACCAAAGGGAAGUCAAUGAACGGCAAGCACGGGAGCUGGCUGAAAAAUAUGGCAUACCAUACUUCGAAACAAGCGCAGCUACAGGACAGAAUGUAGAGAAGUCAGUGGAAACGCUUCUGGACUUAAUCAUGAAGAGAAUGGAAAAGUGUGUAGAGAAGACACAGGUUCCGGACACUGUCAAUGGAGGAAAUUCUGGAAAGCUGGAUGGGGAAAAGCCAGCAGAAAAGAAAUGUGCCUGCUAGACACUCAGAGGAACCAGUGAUGGAGAGCCCACCCAAGUCCGACGUCCUGAGACAAUGUCAAACCAUGAUGUUGUCAUUGAGCAGUAGCUCAUGAGCAAUGGCAUGUCUUUCUCCCCUGACCCCAAUCUAUUUUAAUAAAGCAGAGUAGUCAUAGUGUUGAAAGAACUGUACUGUUAUCCCGAGUCCCUUCCAAACAAAAAAGGCAAAGUUGUCCUAAGGUGAUCUCACUGUUGUGAAUGCCCAGUUGUAUUUUUAUAAGGUUGUAUAUAUGGGGAAAAAAAGUAUCGGUGAGUUUUAAAUGAAAGCACAUAUUACUGCCAGCGUGGAGAGAGGAAGAGUCUAAUUAAAGGGAGGAUAUAAAAGGAUGAUUUCUGUUUUCAUCUACUUAUGUGGAGUAUGACUCACACUUCUAUAUUUGCACUGGGGAAGACAUAUUCCUAAAAAUGGAUACAUAACAAAGAAUUCUCUGUGACUUAUUAAGAAUGACUGUGUCUGCCCAGUAACCUGUUCUGAGUUACUGGUAAAGUCGUGGGUGGGUGAAUGGCAGGCUUCUGUAGGAACUUGUGUAAUUAUGCCAUUUUUAUAUUCCUAAUAAAUGGCAAAGAGACAAGAAUAGGACCUUGGAUGGAAAUUCCCUGGCAGAAAAUGAAACAUGGGAAUAAGAUGCUUGAACAAGUUAGAUGAAAUGGAUCUUUGAGAUAAGUCUGAGAGACAGAGUUACUUAGACAAAUGACACUGAAGCAGAUUAGAAGCUAGUAUCACCCAUUGGGAUUGGCAAUGCCUUCAAAGGCUCCUAGUCAAAUGAUCCAAACCUUUAACAUCGUUUCUGAUGGUACCCAAGUUCACAUUUUAUUUUUAUUUUUUAUCAAAUUCUUAGAAAGAGUCAUAAGAAAAAAAAAAAGACAUUUUAUUGUAAAUAACUUACAAGUGAAAUUAAGAAAACAUAAGAUUUAGUCUUACAGUUUCUAAAUAUAUGAUUUGUUGUUGAGAGAAAACAGUGAUUGUUAAUUAUGGCUUUUACUUCAUUUUAGAAAAGCACUAGAAAUUCUAAAUUUACUUUUCCUCUAGACCACACUUAAUGCCUGCCUUGAAGACAUUACAGAAAUGAAGGUGUGUUCAUGGGUCAAUAACAGCAAAGUAAUUAUGGACCAAUAACUAUGUUCACCCUGAAACUUUUAUGCCACCAAUCACCAAAAAUUGAUACCACAUUCUUUAUUAUAAUGCUUUAUACUUUGCCAGGAAGAAGUAUAGCUAUAGUUGAGGUGUACCUAAGAAAUUAGCAAGAAUGGAUCUGCGUCUCAGCUCAGCAGAACUAUAGCCAAUGUUUUGUUUUGUUUUCCUGAAUGCUAUCUUAUUUUUUUUCUUAUAGAAUUAAUCACAGGUCUUCUUAUCAUUGUGAAAACUCAUGUUGUAUUACUUUUUAUUAAUUGUAAUUUGGGAUACAUAUAAGUUAAUCUUAUCAAAUAAUAUUUAAAAUUGUCAAUCAAUUUUACCAAUAACAAAGCCAAUAAUAUACUGUUAACAAAGACAAACUGCUUCGAGUUUUCUGUUUUCGUAGUGAGCUUAAAAUGCAUGACAGGAUAGUUUCUCAUUCUUUGAAACAUUUUCAGUCUCAAACUUUCUGCAUACUUUGCCUCCUUUAAAAGUUACAAAUAUUACAAAGUAAAAUCUAGCGUCAUAUCCAAUUCUUCCAAAUGACCUCUAUCAGCUGUUGAGUCAGACAGAUCCACGGACAUGUCUACCAAAAAAUGAUGUGGAGGUUUAGGUGGGAUUCACCCUUAGUACAAUUCUUAGUGUCAAUAGCACAGCACCCCAGCUUGUACAAGUCAUUCUCUGUUAGGAUUCCUUUCAAUUCUCACUGUCUACAAUGCUCUUCAUGGUCUCAAUGUCUGUGCCAUAAGGGUAGAAAGCUAACAGUCAGUUUUUGCAACCUGUCUUCUGGAAGCAAAGUGAAAAGAAAUGACCAGGGCUAUGGCAAAAUCUGGUGAAUGUCGUGAGCUCUCCUACAUCUAUUUCCGGUUUUGAUUCCAGUCAUACCAGUAUUUCCAUAACAGAGAAUGGUGAGCCCUAUGAUGCUGAAGGGAUUCCAUCUCUCCAUCUCCCAGUUUAUCAUUGUGGUCCAAUUACAUAGUCAGCUACAUAAUUGGCUUGCUUAUACAAAGAUAAGCAAGAGUCUUUCAUUGUCAGAAUAAGUAUUUUUCACGAUCUGUUUGAAGAGCAUCAUUGCUAACUAGCAUGAAGCAGAGGGCAAUGAUGCCUGUAAAUAUGAAAAUGUGCCUGUAAGAGUAACAGGUAUCGCUGGGCAGUGGUGGCACACGCCUUUAAUCCCAGCAAUUGGGAGGCAGAGGCAGGUGGAUUUCUAAGUUUGAGGCCAACCUGGUCUACAGAGUGAGUUCCAGGACAGCCAGGGCUACACAGAGAAACCCUGUCUUUAAAAAAAUAAAUAAAUAAAAGUUACAGGUAUUGGGUAAUAAGCUCAAGAGGGUUGACAUUUCAAACUGCCAAAAAUGAAAAUAUUCUAGUUAUUAAACUCUUGGUCUAGAAAUACUUCUGUCUGUAAACUUUGACAUCCAACCUGGAAAUCUAUUUGGUCAUGGUUAAAACAUUAUUCUCCUAUGAUAUUCAGAUUCUAGUUCUAUAUACUUCAUUAUAUAACUUUGAAUUGAUCUGGUGCCAUGACUUUUCUACUUUCAAGAACUAUGUAUCUCUUUUAUCCCACCACAACAUUUAUCUGUAGCUAAGAUAUUUUCUCUUAAUAAUUACCUCCCAAAUGCUUUUAGUGAACCGACUGUAUUUUUCCGAGGUAUCUCGUGUACAUGGUACUUCUUUCUGCUACAGCCGCCAAGUCUAGAGUGUUUACACUGGUUGAUGCUUACACAGCCUGAACUCAGUGCCUCAAACUCCUCUGUGACCAGUUUUGUCUCCAAGCACAUAACUCAUUCUCUCUAAUCUGAUGUCUCUGAAGAGCCUCACAGAGACAGUGGUAUGGCUGAACCCAUCGGAUAUUGUUAGCAAAGGAUGCAAAAACAUUAUUGGCAUCUGGAGAUUAUUGCAACGUUCUCCUAACCUGUCACAGAAAGCAGUUGCUUGAAAAUUAGCCACAAAUUGGUACAAUGUUAUUUCAAUCUUAUAUAAAAAUGGUCUUCUGAAAAAUCUAUAAAACAGGCCUGAGAAGAUAGUUCUGGUCUUGUUCUGACUGUGGUAACUAGCUGUGACCAAGAAGAGAAAAUGUUGUGUCUUGGGAAAUGAACUUGGAUCUCUCCAUAAUGGUUUCAACAUUCAAACUUUACUACUUAAGUCAAUAUACUAAUAAUUUACUGCUAAUUAACCCCACAGAACUAGCAUUUUCUAAAGUAUGUAAUCUGUUAAUUUUUAACCAGAUAAGGCUUUCUAUGCAUCCACAGGUGCCUUUGUUUUAACUGUGGAUUUAUUGAUUGCUAACCUCUACAGAUAUGAUGAUAGGGCAAGCAUUCUUCUAAUCGAUUUUAAUUGUCCUUUGUGUGAAAAACAAAACAAAACAAACAAAAAAACCCAGAAACUUAUCCAUAAAUAACUACAUGACAGCAUUAAAAUCUGUAGCAAAGAGAUAUAAACUCUAGAGUGAGUCUAUUGGGAAUCAGCAGAUUAUACAUACCUGGGGCAUCUUCUCAACUAGUGCGCAGGAGCACCAGGUAGAGGCAGCUGUGUGUGGAGAUGCAGUGUGUUCCUAGAGAAGGUGAACAACCUGAAAGCGCCUGUGAAGGGAACCAGUCACUCUUCUGUACCUCUCUUCUCUUAGAGAAAAAAAUGCCUUCCUUGCUUUGUAUCAUACCCAAUAUUUAAGGACAAUUUGUCACUCAGAGGACUUUAGAGUUAUAUUCCAACAUUCAACCUAUAGAUAAGAAACAUUUCUAACCUUUGGUUUGCUGACAUGUGUAGUAACUCUCUAAAAUGUCUGGAGAUGGGCAAGGAAGAUGCAGGGCCUCUGAAUAGUAGAUGUGAGAACUUGGGUUUGGUCCUCAGGUAACAGAGAGGGUGAAGGGGAGAGGAGGAGCUAGUAUUAGCCAAAGUGAUAGAAAACCUGAUUUUCAUCUCGUACUACCAAGCUUUACAACAUUGAAAGUGGCCUAGUAACUCUGAGUAUUUUAAAGAAUGCUUUAUCAUUUUUUAAAGAUGUCAAGAAACUAGCUAUAGCUGCCUAAGAAUUGAAUCUAUUGUAUUUCCCUCUUGAUAUUCUACCAUGGUGAUGUCAGCUCAUUUCUAAGAUGCCUUCAGAGAUCUGAGACAUGACAUUAAGAAUGGAGUAGUAACUAGAGUGUUAUCUCAGUGCCUGUCUCAUAGUAUAGAAAUGACAAGCACUGCUGGCUAUAGAGAAAAUGUUAUAAAAAUUGUCAUUGAAUUCUUUAAUGGUGUCCAACCACGAUGAUAUUGCUGAUCAAAAGUUAUGAACAGAAAUAAGAGUGACAGCUAGCUAAGUCAAGCUUUUCAAUAGAGGAGAAAAUAAAGAUGGCGACAGGUUGGCUUAGGUGGAGGAAGAAAAGAGUUAUCAUUUUUAGACUAAAUCCACGCAUGAAAAAUAUUUCCUCAUUAUUCUUAUCUGCUUAGUGGAUUUUAUGCCCUUAUAACUAAGUAAAGAAAAUUUAUGACUACCAAAUAUUUAGGAUACUUAGAAAUAUUUUACUACAUAUGAAUCUGAUAUUCUUAAUAAAGUAUUACUUUAAAUUUUCCAGCAGUAACAUUUAGAGAUUCUUUAUAGAAAUGUCCUCUGCACCAACAGUUUAUGGCUGAGAUGUUUUGUAAUUUCAUGAUGUUUGUAAUUUUCAUGAAAAUGUGUGAUUUUCGUUUGUGAUAUGAAAGAUCAUUAAUCAAAGAAUAAGGAAGAAACAAGGUAAAACAGUCCUAAAAUGAUGGAACUAUUUAAAAGGGUGUCAACUCUUAAGAGAACACCUGUGGUUUAAAUGUUCUUUUUCUGCUUCCUUUUCUAUCUGAGAGGUCCUAACCAUUACAGCUAUCACCCCUCGGCUGACAUGGUCUUUCAAGAUUCUUAGUAGGUCUCUCAGAAGCCAGUUCAUCUGGCCUUAACUGAAUGGAUUCCCUAUUUAACCAGAAACUGUUGUCCUCCUGCUAAACACUGUCUGUUAAGGGACUCAGUCAUAUAUGCUUAUUGUUUUGUUCCAUGUGAUUCUUGUUUCCCUAUGCUCUUUAAUGGAGAAUCUGUUGUCGAAAGGAAGAUGGCCAGAAAUAAGAACUUCAGGACCACGUGGCUUUGCAUAUACAGAGCUUAACAAGCUUUGAGAAACUCAUAAGGUUCAAGUCACCUUCAAAAGAAAGGUACAAUGGAAACACUCAUAGACUGACACCAUUAUCAUUAACUAAGAAUAAUAAAUUUGCUCCUAUCCUGGGUCACGUGCCACGGUAAGAUGUAUAGUAUGGCCAUCCACACUAAUUGUAGGAGGACAGCUAAAUGGACAGUCAGUCACUUUGAGGUCACUGCAUUUGACUGGAAAUGUAUAAUGUGUUUUACUGUUGAAAAAAAUAUGAGCUCUGUUUCAACUAACGUGUCAUCUUGUAUUUCUUUCAAGGAAACCAAUUAGAUUCAAAUGUAGGAUAUUACAGGUUGGUUGAAAUCCCAUGUACAAAUAAAAUUCUAUGUCUGAAAGAUUCUUCUGUUUGAACUUAAGAAGAAUAAACUACACUUUACUUUAUGUGCAGAAAUGAGACAUUCUGACAAUAAUGAAGUGCUUCAUGGUAUCUCAACAGUGUACUUUCUUGUAAUAUUUUCCAUCUUUUUAACCUGAGCAUGUUUGUUUUGUCUGCUUUCUAUACAGAGCUCAGAUUUGUCUAAUGAUUUAAAUGUAACCCAAGACUUUAAGUGUGGGUUACUUAAUGUGUUCCUGAAGAGGUUGUGCUUCCUGACAAAUGCUGUCAGGUCAUUAUUUGCUGUAUCAAAGUUCCAGUGGCUUCAGAAAUCAUAGCAUCCCAUGGUUUUGUGGUAUCUGGGUUUGUGUAAUGUUGUUGACACCUGUAUUUAAUGACACCUGCACACCUUUCAAAUAAAAACAUGUUUUUCUUCAAGUA